AUGAGGAUUUCAACCUUCCUCGCAGCUGCUGUGGUCCUCAUGACCACAGAUGCUGUCGGUCCUGUUGUUGAUUUGAGCUAUUCCAAGUAUGAAGGAACAGCGCUGCCAAAUGGAGUAUCGCAGUGGCUUGGGAUCCGAUAUGCUGCUCCUCCACUAGGUCCUUUACGUUUUGCGGCCCCUACGACACCUGUGUACAAUUCAAGUGUCCAGAAAGCCAACAAACAUGGAACACUAUGCCUAGCAAAUCAACAAGGGCCAGGCUUACAGUAUGGAAAGCAGCCUAUGGAUGAAGAUUGCCUUUUCGUGGACGUCUAUGCACCCACAAAUGCUACAACAACCUCCAAUCUUCCUAUCAUGGUCUUCAUACAAGGAGGCGGUUGGACCAGUGAUUCGAAUGGCAACUUCAACGGCAGUCUACUUGUUCAAAAUUCGGGCAUGGCCAUGAUGGUCGUCACUCUGAACUAUCGAGUUGGGCUUCUUGGCGCGCUUGCGAGUAAAGAGGUCCUUGCCGGUGGCAGUCUGAACAACGGUUUGAAAGAUGUGAUAUAUGCAUUGCAAUGGGUCCAAGAUCGUGCUGAUUUGUUUGGCGGGAACAUUCAUCAAGUUGUCCUUUCGGGAGACAGUGUUGGUGCAAUCAUUAUUGGGUACCUCAUGGCUGCGCACAACGGAACGGGACUUCCUGGCUACUUUCACGCAGCCGCUGCUGAAAGUCCUUCAGUCAGUGGUGAUGCUCAAGUGGUCGACCUCCAACCUCGCUACAAUGCGCUGGUAAAUGCCACUGGCUGCUCGAAUAGCACCGAUACUCUUUCAUGCUUGAGAGGACUCGAUGUCGCAACAUUGCAAACCAAAUCGCCGACCUAUACUUGGAGUCCAUGCAUUGAAUACGAUCUCCUCCAUGCUCCACUAUACGAAAUGUAUGAAGCGAGACUAUUCCGUCAAGUGCCCGUCAUCUAUGGAAGCUGCACUGAUGAAGGGACCAAGAAUGUCGACAAAACAGUGACAUCUCAAACCCUGGACGCUUUACUCAAGAAGGAUCUUGGAAACAUGAACGAUACUCAACUCAACGAAAUCAAGACCAUAUAUCCUGACUCUCUGAAUAAUGUCACAUUUUCGGGGGCAGUUCUGAAUGCAACAUAUCCAGGUGCUGGUAACGAAUGGCAACGUCUUGCUGCAAUUUAUGGAGAAACGUUUUUGCGCUGUGUCGCGGCAUUUCAGUCUGACAUGCACUUCGCAGCUGGAAACACGCAGAACUGGCACUAUCACUACGAUGUCCUCGAUCCUCGAGAUGCUGCUACAGGCAAUAGGGUGUAUCACACGGUCGAAUUAAACGCCAUCUGGGGUCCAAACAACACAGAUGGAUCGCCACCGCCUUCCUACUACAUCUCCAACGACCAAGGAGGAAAUGCAGGAGCAGUCCCAAUCUUACAGAGCUAUUGGAUCAGUUUCGUCCUCACUCUCGAUCCCAACAAGCUUCGUAAUCAAACAUAUCCAGAAUGGGAACCUUGGACUAUUAACGGAAGCAAGAGGAUCUUAUUCCAUAGCAACGGCACCCAGAUGGAGAGAGUGCCUGCAUCAGAACGUGAUCGGUGCCAAGUCAUGAUGACCUACGCGAAGGCUCGGAGUGCUUACACGCAGCCAUCACUACCCCUCCAGCCAUUCGCCAACGGGUCAUUUACGGAUCCAUAUCCCGUGAGAGGUUUUCCCAUUAACGGUGAGAACUGA